AUGACGCGUCCUCAGCCCCAAAAAAGAACUCAAGAUGACGAUACAAGCUCAUCAGAUGAAGGUUCGUCAUCCAGAGGGCGAAUCCCAAAAAAGAGGUUUCGAAGCAAUCAGGUUCUUGACGACAACGUCAGAGCGGCACUGCUUCCCUCGUGCAAAGGUCCCCAAAGCCCCAUGCAAAGCGUCAUUGUCACUCGAACAAUGGUGAAACGCAAAGAGGAAGACAAAAGGAAGACAUAUCGGAGGAGGCGAGAGGCCCUCGUUGACACUGAUUCAGCGUCCACCCCAGCAGUCACUGCAUCUGUAGAGAGCUGCAACACCUCUGUGGAGGGCGUUGGCAAGAGAGGCGGCAAGAGGAAGGUCGCCGCUGCUGAGGCAGGACAAAGCAGAAAAAGACAAAGGCUGGAUAGUGAGGACCGGAAACAAAACAAACAAGAUGACGAUACAAGCUCAUCGUCCGACGAGAAUAUCCCAACACUCGUCAGAAUUUCGCGGGUCGAAAAACAAAGGCUCACGGUCGAUUUAGCGUCCACCUCAGCAGUCACUGGGAGAUGCAACACCUCUGUGGAGGUCGUUGGCAAGAGAGGCGUGAAGAGGAAGGUCGCCACUGCUGAGGGAGGACAGAAAAAAAGCAGAAAAAGACAAAGGCUGGACAGCGAGGACCCGAAAAAAACCAAACAAGAAGAGUUAGAGGCCAAAUAUGAGCAACUGGAGCUCCUUGGUGCGGGAGGAUUUGGAAAUGUGUACGCCGGCCACCGCAGGGCCGACAACCUACCCGUUGCCAUUAAACACAUCCCUAAUGAUGACGUCUACUGCACACAUGAGGACGACGAAGGGAACAAAAUUUCCAUUGAGAUCGCCAUCAUGUUGAAGCUCUCGGCCAAAUCGGAGGGGGCAUCGCCAUACCUUACCUUGCUGGACUGGUACCAGUUAGAGGAGGAGCUGGUGAUGGUGAUCGAGAGGCCCAUCCCCGCUACGGAUUUAUUUGACCAUAUCAUGGGCAAAGGAGGCUUCGUGAAGGAAAAAGAUGCCAAGAUCAUACUGAGGCAGCUUGUCGAUGCGGCGCUCGAUCUGGAGAACAAGAACAUUUUCCACCGGGACAUAAAGGUGGAGAACAUCCUGAUCGAGACAAGUUCGAAGGUCCCACGAGUUCGCGUUAUCGACUUUGGUCUGAGCUGUUACGACGAUAAAAAAGAGACUUAUCAUGAGUUUUUCGGAACUACAUACUCCCCAGAGAUUCUCCUUAGCAAGGGGUACAAAUCAGGAUCCACCACAGUGUUUCAGAUUGGAGCGGUGCUGUUUAACACCCUUCACAAAUUCGAAAAAUUUGACCCGUUAGUUUUUUAUUUAAAGCGUCAAAAUCUCCCCCAAAGCAUCUCCAAGAACUGCAAAGACUUCCUCCAGAUGUGCCUGAGAAAUGACCCCAACGAACGUCCCACGCUGGAGCAGCUGAAGAAUCACCAGUGGCUCAGAAAAUCCGAUAAGACCUCAGCACACAAACACAAAUAGACAAUAGACAAAAUGAAAGGGAUGCACUAAAAGACACACUAACACUAAUGAAACUAAAACACAUAUAAA